AAGACGAAGGAAAAAUGCAAAAGUCAAAAUGUCAACUUUUUGACCCACAGAUAUUUCUUGGAUCUUCUUCUUAUUUGAAUCUAUAAUCAAUCAAUCCAAUCCAUCUCAUUUCUUUCACAUUUACUAUUUGUGUUUGUUAGAGAUCAGAUCCCUCCCUCAGGUUUUCAUCUCUUCUGCUCUUUUUCGUUCCCUUUUCGGAUUCAGGGUAAUUACUUGCAUCAUCAACAACAUCUCAGAUUCGGUAGUAUAUUAACUUUGUUGAAUAUGGGCUAUCUUAAUUCGGUAUCAUCUGCUAUUCCGGGUCAACCCAAUGGCGACUCCCCUGUUAGUGGUGGCGGUUUGAGUGAAGAUUCGAAGUUUAGCUAUGGGUUUGCAAGUUCCCCUGGAAAGAGGUCUUCAAUGGAGGAUUUCUACGAGGCAAGAAUCGAUAAUGUAGAUGGUGAAACAAUUGGACUUUUUGGUGUAUUUGAUGGUCAUGGUGGUGCCCGGGCUGCGGAAUAUGUGAAACAACAUCUGUUUAGUAAUCUCAUUAAGCACCCAAAGUUCAUAUCUGAUACCAAAGCGGCAAUAUCUGAUGCAUACAGUCAUACGGACACUGAGUUUCUGAAAUCUGAGAAUAAUCAGAACCGGGAUGCUGGAUCGACUGCUUCAACUGCUAUCCUUGUUGGUGACCGUUUGCUGGUUGCAAAUGUUGGCGACUCACGAGCUGUGAUUUCAAGGGGUGGUAAAGCCUUUGCUGUUUCUCGUGACCAUAAACCAGAUCAAAGUGAUGAACGACAACGUAUUGAGGAUGCUGGCGGCUUUGUGAUGUGGGCAGGGACUUGGAGAGUUGGUGGCGUGCUUGCUGUUUCUCGUGCAUUUGGUGACAAGUUAUUGAAGCAAUAUGUGGUAGCUGAUCCUGAAAUCCAAGAGGAAAAAGUUGAUAACUCACUUGAGUUUUUGAUUCUUGCAAGUGAUGGACUCUGGGAUGUUGUCACUAAUGAUGAAGCUGUUGCAAUGGUGAAACCAAUUGAAAGCCCAGAAGAGGCUGCCAAGAGGCUGAUGCAGGAAGCAUCUCAAAGAGGUAGUGCUGACAAUAUUACAGUAGUCGUCGUUCGUUUCUUGGACAAUCACAAUGCUAGUAGUUCGACUUCCCAUUGAAAUGGAAAUUUGCUCUUUGUGCACUAAUAGAGAACUUACAUCUCUUGGCUUUUAUAGAUGAUGAUGAUUGUGUUUUGAGUUUCUUCUAGCAAAAUGUUUGAUGUGAGUCUUUAAUGACAACUUUUCGACUGUUAUUUUUCUGUUAUUGUGUUUUUAUACAAUUGAGUGGUGUAGGUGUUAAGUUUGUUCUAAAUGUUGGUUCUGUGUGUUGCAAAAAUAAUAAAUGUACAAGUACCGCUUAUUUAUGUCAAUUUAUGUAAUUUCCAAGUGUUCAAAA